UAGCGUUUUCUGGACAAGCGAACACACAAAGUCUGUUAAAGGUUUGGAUGUUUAUGGUCACAAUGAAGGCCUUCAUCUUCCUUCUUCUCCUGGGGAUACAGGGGGCAGCGGCAGUGACCCACUCUCUGAAGUAUUUCUACACUGGAUCCUCUCAAGUCUCAAACUUCCCAGAGUUUGUGGUUGUUGGGAUGGUCGAUGAUGUUCAGAUUGAAUAUUAUGACAGCAACACAGCGAAACUGGUGCCCAAACAGGACUGGGUGAAGGGUGCAGUAGAUCCACAGUACUGGGAGAGAGAGACUGAGAUCUCCAUGACCAACCAGCAUCAGUUCAAAGCCAACAUUGAGAUUUUAAAGCAGCGCUUCAACCAAACUGGAGGUGUUCACAUUUACCAGGUGAUGUACGGCUGUGAAUGGGAUGAAGAAACAGGUGAAGUGAACGGAUAUCGCCAAGAAGGUUAUAAUGGAGAGGACUUCAUAAGCUUUGAGCUGAAGACAGAGACAUGGACAGCUGCAAAACAACAGGCUAUGGUGACAAAGAUGAAGUUGGACAGUAACAGAGCUUUCAUCACACAGAAGAAGAACUACCUCACCCAGGAGUGUCCUGAGUGGCUGAAGAAGAAUGUGAACUAUGGGAGGAGCUCUCUGAUGAGGACAGAGCGUCCCUCAGUGUCUCUCCUCCAGAAGUCUUCCUCCUCUCCAGUCACCUGCCACGCUACAGGUUUCUAUCCUAACAGAGCCGAGAUGGUCUGGAAAAAAGAUGGAGUGGAGCUUCAUGAGGGUGUGAACAAAGGAGAGAUUCUCACCAACAAUGACGGGACCUUCCAGAUGAGUGUUGACCUGGAUGUCUCAUCAAUCAAAUCUGAAGACUGGCACAGAUACAGAUGUGUGUUUCAGCUCUCUGGUGUGAACGAGGACAUCGUCACCAAACUGGACUCAGACAUCAAGACCAAUGAAAUACCUCCAGGAAAUAAUCUCACCAUCAUCAUUGCCAUUUAUGCUGUGGUUCUUGUCCUCGGCGCUGUGAUUGGAUUCAUUUUCUACAAAAAGAAAAGCAGAUCGUUACAGCCUCCUAUGAAGGAUCCUGCGGUUAAGGAGCCACUGAAUCCUGCUCCAAAAUUUUAAAUGACAAACAACCUUCCACACAGUUUAUGGAGAUAUAUUGCAUUUGGGCCAACACUCCCUCUGCACCUCGCAAACAGAGGGCGCCCUUACUCCCAGCAAAUGGGCGAUAGAAAACCGAUCGGUGCCUAUGCCAUUCCCAAUAUGCGCUGGCAGAUGUCG